AUGAACUCUCAGAUAAACAACAACGAUAAGCAAGAGGUCUUCUCUGAGGACAGCUUCAGAAAUUCUUUUUUUGAUAGCGCUAAGAGAGCGUGCAACACGUCCAACGAGUCUAACAAGAGGGCCAGACUCGAUGCUUCUGUGAUACAGAAGGACCCUUCGGAUGCCGCCACUUCCGUUUCUUCGCAAACGACGUCGGCGGUUGUUGCUUCCGCUUCGAACUCGGUAGCCGCUGCUUCUACUGCAAGCGUCAGCCCCUCCACGCCCACCACACCCACGGCAACUGUCUCUCCAACAGGCCUUCCCUCCUCGCAACAGCAAAGGGAUUCCAGAAGACUUCCCAUCAAGCGAUUCAGAUCGAGAUCGUUGCCAAACCUGUUCUUUUACAAGCCUGAGAAACUAAGCAGCCAGGCCAAGCCGCAACUGCCGCCCGUGAACCUGCAGAGUCUACGCGAGAUAGAUCUGCAUGAGAUUUUGAAAAAUCCACAACUGAGACACGAUAUCAUUUUCGACCCACAGUUGCAGUUCAGAGUCAACCUGGAUGGUGAGCGUGGCAAGAGAAAGAAGAUCAGUGUUGAUAAUUACUGGGACCAGAUCCAGAACGACUGUGACGAGUUUCUGGAGCACUCUGCGUCUCCCGCUUCCAAUAAGUUCAAUCUUCAGAACACGAGAUUGUCCAUGAUGUUCACAACGUUGAAAGACAUUUUGCUGAGUUUGCUGCCAUUUAAGGACAGAUCUAUUGUGAACCAGGUGAUGGACACAGACCUGGUGAUGCAGCAACUCAGAGACAGAACGUUUGACUUUGUAUCGAUGUCGAACUGGCUGGCUACCAUUUUCAAGAACCAUUGUGCUCCUAUGAGAGACCAAUGGGUUGAUGAAAUGGCUAGCAAGUUCAAACAAGCCAACGAGGAAAAUUCGACUGCCAAGCUGGUGGACGGUCUUAGAAUGGUGUUUGCCAUUUUGGAGGCCAUGAAGCUGGAUGUUGCCAAUCACCAGAUCAGGAUCCUUAGACCCGCCUUGGUUAACUCGGCCAUGGACUUUGAGAAGGAGUAUUUCAACAAGAUAAUCGAAAGAAAAAAGCUGGAUAUUUCAGAUUCUCUGGCGUGGUUCCACAAGGAUUUCGAAUCCAGCCAGACCGAGGCCGUUGAAUUUAAUUGGCAGAAACAGUUAACCGAGUCCAUUCUGACUCUUUUAUCGUGCAGAAACAUGUGCACAGAGUUCCCAUCCACGUUCGCAUUUGACCAUUCAAGAAUGGUGCUCUGGAGAUCAGAUAUCAGACAAUUGGUGUGUCUCCAGAUCUGUCUGGUUCUGUACAAGCAGAUACGCCAACAGACGGACGGCCCUGUCCAGCCGCUAGAUCCAAAGGUGUUGAAGAGCCAAAUUUUGGCUAUCGUCACUGACGAGAACGGAAACGUGAAAUGGACCAGAAAUAUUCUUUCCAUCGCCCUGCAGAUCGUGAAGCAGGCUCUGCAGACAGACCAGGUUCCAGAACAAACCGUCAAGUUUGCCUACGAUUGGUUGAUGAAACAGACCCAGCCAACAAGUCAGAUCUACGGAUUGUUGGAAGCGAGAUGUUUCAAGCAGCUUUCCGGGCUGAUUGGUGAAACUUUCAAGGCAGACCAGCAGGUCCAAGAGGUUCCUCUACCUAUAGUUACAGGGAAUCCUAUCAACGGUUCCCUUUCCAAGAGACCAGUUAAGGAAAUUUCGAACGAACAAAUUGACAAUCUUGCCGUGAAGAUCGGAUCUCUCGUCAAAUUUCAUUGGAGCGUAUUUGGUGAUCAUUAUCUCAAAUCGAUAUAG